AUGAAUUUUGGAUGGGCUAGUAAAAUGGCAAAAAAUGCCUUAUUACAGGCUCAACAAAAAAUUGAUCAAGUUUUAGAAAUUACACCGGAAGAGGAGGAAGGAAAUGUUGUAAUAGAUGAUAAUUUAAUAGAAAAAGAAGAAAUAAAUACAUCUGAUGAUAAUCAAAAAGAAGAAAAUUGUAAUAAUGAUAUAAAAAACGAUGAUGAUAAAUCAUUAUUAUUAUUUACACCAUCAGAUAGUUGGCAUGUAUGCCAUGGUGAGAAUACUGUUGUUGAGUCAGAACCAAAUCCUUCUCGUGAUGAAGAUACACCUGGUGCAAUGUUAAAUUUAGAUAGUUCCCCAAGUACAAUAUCUCCAAAUCAUGAUUCAGCAUCAGUGAUAAGAGAAAACAUAAAUUAUAUGAAAGAUAAUGGAGAGCAUGAAUUAUGGGAAGGUAAUAUAAGUUCUCCAGAACAAAAAAAUAAUGACCAUUUUGAAACUGAUACUGUUGCUUCAAGUGAUAUAGAAAUAAUUAAACAAGCAGAUGAAUGGUCUUCAAUAUCUGGUCCUGUACAAAAUGAUAAUUUCACAAUUGUACAAAAUAGAAUAGAUACUGUUUUAAAUCAAGUUGCUAACUCAUCAGAACAGGUAAAAGAAAUGAAUACAAUUAUUAAAAAUAUGACUAUACAAAUUGAUAUGCGAGAUAAUAGAAUAAGUGAAUUAACAACUUUAUCUAAAAAAGGUGAAAAUGAAAUUGGUAUAUUAAAACAAAAAAUCAAAAUUAUGGAAAAAGAAUUAAAAGAUUACAAUUUAUUAAAAAAAGGAAAUAGUGAAAAUGAAAAAUUAAUUAAUGAAUUGAAAGAAGAAGGUAUGAAAUUAUCUGAAAAGUUAGGACAAAAAGAUAAAGAAAUUAAAAAAUUAAAGGCAAUAAAUCAAGAAAAUAGUAAUAUUAAAGUUGAAUUUCAACAGUUAACAGAAAAAACAGAUGAUCUUACAAAAGCUUUAACAAUUAAAAAUAAUGAAAUUAAAAAUAUUAUAAAUAAAUAUGAAGAAGAAUCUAAAAAUGAUAAAAAUGAAAUAACUAAUUUACGUAAAGAAGUUGAAAGUUUAAAACAAUCAUGGAAUUGUAAAGAAAAUAUGUAUGAAACAAGAAUGUGUGAUAUUGAAGAUUUUAAAACUCACCUUGAAGAAGAAAGGAAUAAUGUAAAAAAACUUAAAGAAAGACUUAAAGAAAGUCAAUUUGAAAAUGAAGAAUUAAAAAGUAAACUACAGGCUCGAGCAGAACAAGCUGUACAUGAUAACAUUGAUCUUACAAAUACAAUAGCAGAAAUGGAAGAUAAAUAUAAAACAGCUUUAAUUAAUUUUGAAAAUGAAAAAGAACAUUUAAUGGAUAAAUUUUUGAUAACAGAUAAAUUGUUAAAUGAAAAAGAAUUUUUAUAUAAAUCAUUAGAAAAAAGAUAUCAAAAUGAAAAAAAUAAAUCAAAUAUAUUAGAAAAACGUAUAAAAGAGUUAGAAAAUAUAUUAACAUUAAUUCCAGGUGUUAUGAAUGAUUUUGUAAAAGGAUAUACAUUUAAUAAUAUUAUAGACAUUAUUAACAAUAAUUUAAUGAAAAUGGAUGGCAUAAUAUCAAUUUUACAAAAAGAUAUCUCAUUAUUAGAUAAAAAAUAUGAUCUAGCAAAAGAAAGAAGAAAUGCUAUUAUGAGUAUUGAACAAAAUAUGGGUAUAAUUAAGAAUGAAAAUAUUAAUAAUAUGAAUGUUGUUUAUGAUACAACAAAUAUUGAUAAUGCUGAUUCUUUAGAUGAUAAACAUGAUGAAAGUGGUGAAAGAUCAUUAUCUCCAAUAAGAGUUGAUUGGUAUAUAGAAGGAUCAUGUAAAAAUUGUGAUAAUAUGUAUAAAUAUGUAAAUGACAUAAAAGAGCUUGCAGAUACUUCAUUAUCUAAUAAAAGAACAAUAUUGACACUUCAAGAAGAAUUAUGUGAAGUUAAAGAAAGUUAUACAAAAUUAAAAGAGAAAGAAACAGAAAAUAAAAUGCUUUUAGAUGAAGCUUUACAAACGUUAGGUGAAAAGAUAGAGACUAUUGAAGAAUUAAAACAAGAUUUUAUAGAUCUUGAGGCACAACAUAAACAGACGAUGUUUGAUUUAUUGCAAAAAUUGUCUAAUUAA